CACCAAGUUGUGCAGUGCCCCCACUCCUUUCUAAUAUAUAUCACCAUCAUUCAUUGCAUGAAGAAUUAGAGGAUAAGCUCCAGACUUCAGCCUUCAGCCCCAAACCAUAUAUGUAUAUAUACAUCCCCCCAUUUCUUCCUUCCACAAUCUCAAACAAACACCACUCCCGCCUCCACUCUCUCUCUCUCUCUCUCUCUGAAUUUGAAGAUGAUGAUGAUGACCUCGACUGGAAGAAGCACAGAAGAAGAAGAGGAGGAGUUGUUGGCUCUGGAGCUCAUACGCCAACACCUCCUCGGCGACUUCACCUCUACCGACACCUUCAUCUCCUCCCUCAACUUCUCUUCUGCAUCCCCAUCUCUUCUCACCUCCGACAAAUCCGAUCUUUCUCCCUCGGCCUCGGGCUCCAACUCCCCCACUUCCCAAUCCCUCAAUCCCGACUGGGAUUUCUCCAAUCUCUACCAUCACUUCUCCGACUACCAACUCAAGCCUGAGCUCGUUGCUUCCGACAAUACCAAGCCUUGGGCGGAGGGGUACGACGGGUCGGGUUGCGUUCAUUCUGCCGCCGCCUCCGCCGACCGGAGGCAUUACAGAGGCGUACGGCGGCGGCCCUGGGGCAAGUACGCGGCGGAGAUCAGAGACCCGACCCGGAAAGGGUCCCGGAUGUGGCUCGGGACGUUCGACGCGGCUAUUGACGCGGCGCGAGCCUACGACUGCGCGGCAUUCAGGAUGAGGGGCACCAAGGCCAUCCUCAACUUCCCCCUCGAAGCCGGGAAGUCCGAGCCGCCGCCCAUCACGGGGCGCAAGCGCCGCCCGGGUAGAACCCUUAAACCCGGGUUGUGUCCGGGUCAUGUUGCGACCAAGUGCGAAACGACGACGUCUUCCUCGUCUUAAAGCAUAAAUAAAUAGGAGGAGGAGGAGGGGCUGGUCCCAGUGUGAAGUGUUAAAAUAGGUUUAAGAGUGCAUAGUAUAUUAUAAUAUAUAUAUAUAUAUAUUCUUUUUUUUUCAAGAAUGUAAGUAUUAAACAUACAUAUAUAUAUAUAAUAUAUUAUAAUGAAUGUUAUGUGAAAUUAAAAUGGACCGACAA